UGUUUUUAUUGAACUUUUUCGCAUAUUAUGGUGUGUUGUGUGUCUUAUUAACUAUUUAUUGUGGUUUUUGGCGGUUCCUUUGGACAAAUGGACCAAAUGCUGUGGAACUAUUCAACUGUCAAAUAUCACUGUAACAUAAACAAUCAAGAGUUUUAGCAGGAAUUAUUUUCCAAACUAAGAAUAACUCUAUUUAUACAAUUAAUACAGCUUAUUUUGAAGUACAAUUAAGAACAUUGUAUACUUAAUUGAUUAAGGACUUGCAACUGAAGUCUUGAUCUGUACUUCAAUCAUCUUGAUUGACUUACCGGACAAACAGUCAGCUUGUGCCUGAUGUCGGAGACAAGGAGACAUCUGUCAGCUAACAUUCCAUCAUGAAAACUAAACAAAUCAAGGAGGAGUCGGACAAGAGUGUUGAUGAAGAUACAAUAGAACCAAAGACUCGUGCCCGGAAGAAAGCCUCGGAUAUUGCAGAUGAAGACAAAAAUAAACCCAAUCAAGAAGAGAAACCUCCCAAAGAACCCAAAAAAAAUGUAGGGAAACCUAAGGCUGUAGUUAAAAAAAGACCUCUCGGAAUAAGGAAGACUUUAAGGAAUAAGAAAAUUGUAGCUGCUAAGGAAAAGCUACGGAAUGUUGUAAAGGUGCCGGGCAAGAGAGGCAGGAAGCCUGCCAUCAAGCCGGUCCCUGAAACUUGUCAAGAAACCGUCCCAUUGAUACCUGCUUCUGAAAUUAAAAAGGAACCACUUGAUGACACAACACCUAACUCUAGGUCCUCAAGUCCUAAAACUGGCAGAAGACAAAGGCUCAGCUCUGACAUGUUCAUGAUGAAAUCUGUACUCAAUGAUUCCCCAAGCUCACUAAUGCUGGGGUCCCGGACCAGCCCUUACUCAAUGCGUUCAGAGAGAAGUAAUAGUCCAUCUAUGUUUGAAGGGAAACAUUUGAGAAGUAGGAAGCCGAGAGGUGCAAAGAGCAAGCUCCUUAGUGAAGUGGUGAUGAAAGAACAGAAGAAGAGACGGAGAUUGCUUUCUGACUCAAAGGCCACUGAAGCUACAGAGGGUAGUGAUGAUUGUAAGAAACUAAAAAGAGGACGCUCCUGCUCAAGGGACGGCAGUGAGUUUUCAAAAUGCUCAGAUGUGACAGAAUCCGAUGUCAGCCUGAGUGAAACACUCAUAGACACGGAGAACAAGGAGCUCAACAAAAACAUAGAUAAACCUAAGACUGACCUAGAUGUAGAUAUUGAAAAUAAUGUACAGAUCUCGACUAUUGCAAAAGUGCCUUCUCUUAAAGUUGACUCUAAAUUGUCUGAUGCCACGGGGGAUGUAGAGCCUAGUUCUAAUGUACAGGAAAAGGAUAAGAAGAAAUUGAGCUUAAAACGGACUACAUCAGUAGAUUCUGACAACAAUAAUAGUAAUAGGCUUAAGUUAGAAAAUUUAAAUACAUCAGAAUUAGAAGCAAAGUUGUUGCCCAAGACUGAACAAAAUACGCUUUUUGAAGAACGUAGUAGUAUAUUGACUAGCAUGUCGAGGACAUUCAAUUCAAAAGAGGUUUCGAAAAAUAUAAGAAAGGCAAGACGUGGGAAGAAAGUAGCAGGGGCAGGAAGAUCAAGUUGUGGGCCGGCUUCUAAGAAUGGUAUCAACAGCACAAUAACAAAUGAUCAAGCUGAUGAUAAACAUGAAACUUUGGACACCCUGUCUAAAGAAAUCAAUGAUCUCAUUAAUGAUCUGGAUCAAAACAUAGAUCAGGAUCAAGAAAUAGCAAACAAGAACACAGAUCAAAUGCCAUCUAAACCCGUUGGAAAGUUUUAUGGUCUAACAAAGCCAUUGGGAGAUAGCAACAGUAGUGUUUCUCCAGAUACACCUAAUAAAGAUUUAAUAUCGCCUUUAACAAAUGAAAUGACGCCUUCAAAAAGUGAUGACAGUGAUAAUAUCCGACUUCGAUAUGAGGAUUCAGUUGAAAAGUCAGCUGAUGCCCGGAGACUUGAAAUACCAUACAACUGUCCGACUGUCGCCAGCAUUGACAAGCUGAUGGACAGGCUUAAGGAGUUUGAAGAACUGGAUAAGAAGAGGCAAAGACAAGAGUCUGAAUCAAAAGUAACGGACAGUAAGAGUGUCAUGGUGACAAAUGAUGUUGUGUUGAUUCCCAAGUCUGGAGCAGACAUCAAACCCUUAAAAGACAUACAAACUGUACGGUCACCAGAGAAAAUUAUUGAAAAGGAGAAUGUUUUAAGUUGCUUUGAAAAUAAUUCAGCUAUUUCUAUUGUUAAAAGGGAUCAAGUGAGGAAGUCCAUCGAUGUAGAUCUCCCUAAUUCGGUGACAUUGAUUAAGAGAAAUAGUUUCAGUGCCCGCAAGGAGUCAACAAGCUCAAACCAUUCAAAAGAAUCUGAUGCAAUCAGUGUAUUUGAAAAAUCAUUUGGAAAAGAUGUAACACUGACUGAACUUAGGAAAUCAGUUGACAAAGGAUCAUCUUCAGCUCAAAUAGACCUGCAUCAGUUUGCAUUACAUCCUACCAACACCAAUCAGGCUCUAGUUGGUUUAGUUUUAGAUUCCAGUCAAAUAUCCAUCACUCCUCGUGUUGUCGAACCGAAAGUCACUGGCGAACAGAAGCGUAAGUCCAGUGAGUCAAUAUCAAGAAAAUCAUCCGAAUCUGGAAUUGAGAAUGAAGAAAAAAUUACAACAAUAGAAAAGAUAAAAUCGCCAACACAUCAGAUGAAGUCCCAAGCUAUCACUAUCAUCCCGGCGCCGGUUGCCGUUAAAUCUCCGGAGGCUGCACAGGCAAUGGAAACCGAAGUUCUCGCUCCACCAUUAGAUAACGUAAAACCGGUUCCCGCAAAUAUACCCGUCGCUUCCGAAGUUGUGAACACUGCCGCGUUAGCAGACCCCGAAAAUAAACUAGCUAAUCUAGACGCAGAUAUAAAUAAUCACAAUGAGACUGAGAAAACUGAAGCAGCAACAGUUCCUGAAAAUGAAACAGUCGUUCCUGACAUUCCCGCAAAGGCUGAACCUCCCGUUGAAGUUAAAGAAGUUAAACCUACAGUAGAAACAGUUAAACCUAAAGAAACUCCGAAGGCUAAGGAAAGUAUAGCAAAAGUAGUCGAGAAAAAACCAAGCAGCGAUUCAAGGAAAUCAAUUGAAAACCUACCUGAAGUCAAACCUAAAAGUCCAAAAGUGAAAUCCGCGCGUAAUUCUAUAGAGAAUCAAGCCGGUCCCAGUAACAUGAUUCUGGAAACUCCCGAAAGUCAGAAGCGCAAAGAGAACGUGCUACGUACGCUCGGCCUGCUCACACACAAGGCUGCAAACGAGGCUAAGAUAGAGAAGGCGAAAGAGAAAGAACGCAUUUACGGCUCGAAUUACUGCAGCCUGAUGGGUAGUAAGAAUAAAUCCAAAUCUGGAGACUAUACUGGCACGCUUAAGACUGUGAUUAAGUUGCCUCGCAACACGGGAGAAAGGGAGAGGAAGAGACAGAAGACGUCUUUGAAGAUGACCUUCCAGAAGACCAAGCCGCGGUCGGGGAAAGUGGCGGUGGAGGUCGGCGAGGCAGCCGGCGAGGAUCACUACACCGUCGAGAGACGCGAGGGCGGAGCUGGUGCGACGUCAGAUGACGCAGAAGCUAUUCCGGAACCGGAACCGGCGAAGGAUACUCCGAAUCUGGUGAUACCAGAAAAGGCAUCAUCUUUUAGCAUCCAUCCAGACCGACUCUGUCUAGAUCAGUGUUUUUACUGUGGAGGAAAGUUUGGCCUGUUUGACACACCCUGUCAUAUCGCACAGAUGAAGAGCACAGAACGACAGAGAAAAGUUCUUGACAAUGAAGAGAAGCUGACCAUAGACAGUUGUCUCUGCGACGCAUGCUAUAGACACGUGGAUAGACGCGCCAACUGCCCCUCGUAUCGCAAAAGGCCACUUGUCAAGCCCCUCACCCCGCAACUGCCCACACAGCCUGAAAAUGUCAAUGAAAAUCCUCCCAGUCCUACGGAAGAUGACAGUUCAGAGGAGACGAAGUUGCUGCGUGAGGUUCGAACCGCGACUUGCCACACGGCGGGCUGCGGCGCUGGCGCUGAGCACUCGGUGCGCAGGAAGUGGCUCAUCAAGAUGCGAUCCAGUGUCAAUAAACUGUUGAAAUUGGAGUGCGACUACCCCGGGCUGCACACGAUCCCGCUGUGCGCGGAGCACUACCGCGCGCUGGCGCCGCUCAUGGCCUGCGUGCUGUGUCGCCGCCGCAUCACCAAGCACCACAACGUGCACUUUAUACAUCAUGGUUAUUUAGAAUUGAACCCGUACCUGGCGGCGGCGGGCGUGCCGGUGCAGUUCUCAGAGCGGCCCGUGCUGUGCAAGAUGUGCCGCAACUACUGCGCGCUGCUCACCCGCCCCGGACACAACGAUAAAUACCUACAGGCUUGCAGGCGCAGGUUAUUACAAAUAUACAAUAUAGAACUACCACCAGAAUUAGAAAACGAAGUAGAGAAUACUUUGUUACUAGAAGACAGUGGGCUGGGCAAACAGAAGAAGAAAGCACGCACCAAGUCCAAGCAAAGAAAGUCCUCAGAACCAGAUAAGCCUGACAGCGAGUCUUCCGAAAGAGCGACGGAAAGCUCACCGGAGAAGGAGAAAGAAGUAGAAGAACCCAAAAGUACAACCCCAAUAGAAGAAGAUAUAGAAAGUCUAAUAUCCUCAAAUAAAAUCCCCGUUCCUGGUGCAACUAAACAACCAGAGGAAACUCCGAGCGAUGGAUCAGAAAGUGAAGCUAUUUUUGACUGCGAUGCGCCAAUUAUAUCUCUAGACAAACGAACAGAAUUACAAUAUCUACUACAAAAGCAAAACAAUCCCAAACAGUUUAUACAGAAACCACCGAAUUUGACACAAAAGCAAAAGAAUAUACUCAAAGUUCACAACCUCGGGGUACAGAAACCCGGCUACCAGAACAAAAUUCAUGAUAAAAAUUCAAAAAGAUUACACAAAAUUGGGCAAAUAUUCGCUCAUAAAGAGAAACCUAUCAGCGACGUUGAAAUGCUUGAAGCAGAAAAGCCUAAAGAAAUUACCAUACUCAAAAAUAUAUCGCUCAAUGAUGAAUGUACAAUAGAAACUAUACCAAACAAAAAACCUGCCGAUAUCAACACACUUAAAAACAAAUGGCAGAUGUCGGAAAGUUUUACACAAGUUAAGAAGAAUUUGAGCGAACUAUCUAAGAAGUUAUCGGUAGAAAAGGAACCAAAGAAAUCAUCGGACAUGAAAUAUUCUAACCCUGUCAAAAGAUUGGAAACAAACCCAUCAAUAUCUGUAAGAGAAUUAUUCCCCGGAGAGGAGGAAAUGAAUUUACAAUGCAAUAUAGAAUUUAAUAAUGUCAAAGGUGUGACUCCUGAGGGUUGGGAGAAAUGCAACACAACAAUACAAUACGACAUUGAGACAAAAAAACUUUGGCACGACCUCCAAAGACCGUACGGCAACCAAUCUAGUUUCCUCCGUCAUUUAAUUCUCUUAGAAAAGUACUUCAGGAAUGGAGACUUAGUACUAUCACAUAGCGCAUCACCUAAUGCGUCAAAUUACAGUGAUUCAGUACAAAGUAGACUGCGAGCUUACGACAAUGUGACAGAACCUAAAAGACCGGAACCAGCAGUCAGUCUGCUAGAGUUCCGUAAGAAACCUUCAGUUAACGGGAAGAGUCUGCUCAAAUCAAGUCAAAGCGGAGAAGAUAAAGACCCAAAGAAGUUUAUGCCGCCUCCAGUGGUUCCUAAACAUAAAACUAAAAGUGAUAAACCUAAAUUGAAACCAUUACCUCCUGAAUUAAUAGCAAUUAACACACCAAAUGCUCAAGGCAGGAAAGCGAUACAGAAUGUACUGCACAAUAUCCAGCAGUUAGUGAAAGGGGUGUCUGCCGCAGACCCUACAGAAGUAGCCGCAGCCCCCCUACCUCCUACAUCCAUGUUCGAACCUCCUAAAGAGAAGAAGGACUCAAAACCUGACACCCCUAAGAAGACGAAGACCACCAGCAAGCCGUGGCGACCAACGUUAAUGCCGAUCACACCAGAGAAUGUAGUUCGGAUCUCCCGCGAGCCGACGCAGGUGGCGGUGGACGGCCGCAUCCUGCCCAGCCUGGUGCAGGUGAUGUCCUCCGGCAAGCGCUACCACAUCACCCCACCAAUACCACCUAAAACGGCAACGGUGACGUCACAAACUCUAUCUCCAGUUGUCAGUUCCCCGUCUCUUCUAAUGACAUCAACUCCAAUGAAGCUACCGCAGCUGGGACCGGCUGUGUCAAUCACCAGUGAAACAAUACUGACUCCGACUUUACCAAUUAUGACUACAAAUAUGGUUCUUCCGAAGAUCCCUAAAUCUCUAACUGUGAUCCCGCAAACAGUGCCCGUGGUGCCAGUCACCUUGGCGCCGUCGGUCGUGGUCUCCAACGACCAGCGACCAUAA